CACCAACAGACGAUUCUCUCCUCUGUCAUCAUCGCUACAGAAUCAUUAGCCUAUCAUAAUGAUGUCCCACUGUUGUUUUUCGCAUUCAUAUGGGUGAUGUUACAAGUCGUUGUCUCGUUCGCAAUAUUCAUUCCGAAUGAUUUCACUCAGACAUGGUUAACACGAAAAGUCAACGUUGUGUAUACUGUGACGAUAUUGGGUGGUCAAAUCGCCUUCUUUGUGCAACAGCAGAAUAAAAUUGCUCUCCUUAUCGCAGGGGCAAUUGGAUUCCCAUGCGCAUGUUAUUUACUUGCGAAAGAAGUGAAAUGGGUAUUUGGGCAAGGCACAUACCACUAUCCUGAGAAUAACAUUGCCAAACCAGCUCGAAAUAUCUAUGGUGAUUUUUGGAGUUUAUUUCUCACAGUGAUGUGGAUAUAUUCACCAUUCGGAAUGAGAAAUAGCACUUCACAGCCACAAAGCUAAACAAUGAACACCUGAGAGCUAAUUAGAUCUGCAACCGACGAAAGUUUGGAGUUUCUACACUUUCCUUUUGAUUGUAUUUCUCACUGUCAUCUCUGAAUACUAUCACUAAAUAAAUACAUAUUCGAA